CUCCCCAAGUGGCUGAAACUAUCCUGCACGAUCGUUCAUCCCUUCUCAGAGCAAGCAGGAAAGCAGCAAAGCAAGGGAUCGGCAAUCGCAUUCACGACGCCAUGGAGGACACAGACAUGGCCAGCCCACCUGGCAGCUUUCAAGCGGCACCGUUUUCUGCAUCGUUCCAAUCCACAGAGUCGCAAUCAGCAUCAGUAACACCACCGUCCGCGUCGUCGCAACCCAGCCUGGCUCGAAAAAAGUCAAGGUCACUAAAGGCUGUAAAUGACGGAUACAUAUACCAGCCAUACAAGGACUACAUCCAUGCAGAUGGAAGCGCGCUCGAUAUAGAUGGUGAGCCAUCAUUAUCCAAGGAUGACAGCCAAGCGAGCGCCACCAGGAUUCUUGAGUUGCGUGGACUUGAAAGGCGCAUUGUCCAACUGCUGGAGACUGCUGGCCAAGCGAUUCAGAUCCUGAGUGGAGACACAGAUGAGGAUGAGAAUGAAGAGACAGGGAAACAGUUGUUGUCUAACAGCUCACUAUCACCAGAAGCACGCCAAGCAAUGGUCAGAUCGUACGCGGACGAAAGAGCAAAGAAGUUUGAAACGUUUGCGGCAGGAUAUGCAACGCUGGUGAACGAGAUUCAAUCAGGAUUGCGACGGCAGUUCCAUUACUUGACAAAAGCGGGGAUAUCGUCCUCUCAGGUUCCGUUCAAGAACGUGGUCUAUGGAGAGGAAAAGGAACUGGAGACAUGGCUUAAUGCGGUCGAUGUUCUGAAGGAGAGUGCCAAUGGAUUGAUCAACAAAGUCGAAAAGGAUAUUUUGGAGCCCAUGGAGUCGUCGAUAGUACCAUCCAUAGUUCCAUGAGGAAAUUGGAUUAAACAUACAGUUCUUUUUUCAAUAA